CGCUCGCCUCACUCCGGACUGAACCUCAGAAACCGUCUUGUUCUUCUUCAGUCAGUCGCUCUCUGACGCGCUUUGUGAGAAGUUGUUUCUCUACGAUCUCGAGCAAGUCACGAGCAAUUAUUCAAAACUUCCAAGUUUUUUUUACUUUGAGAUAAAACUUUAGUUUCUACAUCUUAAAGUAUCAUUGGAAUUAUUGAUUGGAUUUAAAUAAAUUGAAGUGCGAAAAAAACUUUGUGCUCAUUUGGAUUAAUUGUGGUGUGUCAUCAGUGAUUUAUUGAAUUUGUGUGUUGAUUGUCAAUUUGAACAUUUUAAUAUUAACAAUAACAUGGUGACUGGAGUGGGUGCAACAAUGCCAACGGGGGGUGUUUCUGUUGGCGCAACUCCGCCAACACCACACGUGCCGCAAGAAGCUGGUCAACCGCCUGCGCAAACUACCACCACGACCACUUCAACGAGAAGAUCAGGCGAAAAUCGACGGAGCAACAAACCUAUCAUGGAAAAAAGACGUCGUGCCCGCAUCAAUAACUGUUUGAAUGAUCUCAAGACUCUCAUCCUCGAUGCAAUGAAAAAAGACCCAGCACGACAUUCGAAGCUAGAAAAAGCUGAUAUUCUGGAGAUGACAGUCAAACACUUGGAGACUCUUCAACGUCAACAGGUCGCCUUGGCUGCUGCAACAGAUCCAAAUAUCCUAAACAAAUUCCGUGCAGGAUUUACCGAGUGUGCCGGUGAAGUUGGCAGGUUCCCUGGCUUAGACGCCUCAGUGAAACGUCGUCUGAUGGCCCACUUGGCAUCAUGCCUAGGACCAGUAGAGUCAGCUAAUUCAAAUGGACAACCAAGUCAACCAGUCGUCCAGCCAGCUCCACCAACCACUCAACUUCAGGUUCAUAUUUUACCUCAAGUUGAUGCAACUCCAAGAAUCCAAGUGCAACAAUCCAACGGAAUCUUCUUCACAAAUGCCAAUGGUACCGGUUUACAACUAGUACCAACAAGGCUACCCAACGGUGAUAUCGCUUUAGUCUUACCUGCCGGCGCAAAAGCAACUCCAGUGACAUCACCGGCAUCAUCACCAGCACCAUCAUCACCUUUACCAACUUUAAUUCCAAUUCCUCAAAGAACGGCAAGUACAGCUUCAGCAUCAUCCUCAUCAUCUUCAUCCAGUUCUACGUCAACCUCUGCUGCAAGUCCUGUUGCAUUUGAGGCACCUCCAACCUUCCGUGAACAAUCACCAGCAUUCACAACUCCUACAAGUCAUAGAGACGUCGCAACAUCACCAGCUAAUGGAUACACAAGUGAUCCUGAGUUUGAUCCACGAGUAUACAGUCCACCUCUUCAGAAACCUCUUGCUCUUGUCAUGAGAAAGAGCGUUGUACCAGAAAUUGAAGGCAAACCAUGGAGACCAUGGUAAUUAAGUAUCGAUUAUGCUAAAAGUGACCAAUGUAGUCAGAUAAUUUAUUUUAUGUCAUAAAAAAGAGUACUCAGUGUCAUUUUUUUAAGCCAGAGGCACUGGAAGAGAUUAAAAAGGAUUAAAAACAAGAUUUUCGGUCGUUAUGGUCAGUAGCCUAUGAGGCUGUGCCUUAUACAGUGCCUUGUAAAUAAUUUGGCGUUAUAUCUAUUAUGUGUUAUUUUCAUUUAAAUUUAUUAUUUUCUCGAAGAAAAUACAUUAAUCUUUCUUUCGUUAUUUCUAUUGUUUCUGUGUAAAUAGAUAAUAUAAUAUGUAUAUUAUGUUAAGUGCCUUACGCAACAAGAAUCAUCGAGGUCUUCCAUUAUGUUCUUGUAAACAAAAACCGCAGAAGUAUAUAUGAAUGUUCUUUUUACAAGAGUAUACAAUUACUUUGAGCAUUUGUAAUUAAUAUUUUUUAAGUUUUAGAUUUUACUUUAUUUUAAAACAUUUAUGAAUGAUUACAUGAAUGAAUGUGAUAUUAAUGUGAAUAUAAGAAUGUCUUAUUUAUAUUUAUGAAUGCAGAGAUGAUAUUUGAGUUUAUUUCUAUCCAUUAUGAAGAAUAGAAAAUCACGCUUAUUACAAUAGGAGUAUCUAA